AUGGAAUCUACCCAAGAGCCUCCGGUCGAGCGCGACAACGUCGAAGAACAAAGUGUCCAAGAGCCCCAGCCUGUGCCGAAGCCGACCCCGAAUUUCCGUGAUAUCCUCAGCCAAGAGAACCGAACGCAGAGCAGCUCAAGCAUCUUCGUGGUUGUCGAUGGAAAAGAAAUACCCAAGCCGGCCAAGGUGCCCAACGACACCAUCAUCGAGAUGGUGAAGGAGGUAGAGGGCAGAGACUCCAUCGACGACGGACUCAAAAACGAAGACGUCGUCGCCAUUCGAGACACCAAGACCAAGCGCGGACACGGCAUCUUUGCCACGGGCGACUUCCUCUCCGAUCACGUCAUCAUCGCUGAGCAGCCGGCCCUCAGCUUUUAUAUGCCGCAGGAGGUAUCCAUGGCCAACAUGCGCAGGGAAUUCGAGGUGCAGUGGUGCGAUCUUCUCGUACCGCAGCAGGACGCCCUCAAGGCGGAAUUCCCCAAGCUGCGACUCGUGGCGUCGGGAAGGCGGCAGCUGUCCCUGUUGCAGAGCAUCCACCUCUACAACUUUGCGCUCGAGUACUCGUACAGCAGCCCGGAUGGGGACUUUGCAAACAUCUACUCCCUGGCAUCUUACAUCAACCAUGCGUGUCGUCGCUGUGCCAAUGCCGUGCAGGGGAUGGAGUGGCAUCAGCCGCACCGCGUUCUGAUCAGACUGAUCAAGCCCGUCGAGGCCGGCGAGGAGAUCUUUAUCCACUACAACACGGCAGAGGGCAGGAAGCUCGCCUGCGCCGUUUGCGGCAGCAUGGCCGACCGACCGUCUCGAUGCCAAGCCCUGCGCAACAAGCUGAAGGAGUGGCGAUUGAAACUCACCGGAGGAAGCGCCGAGGCUUCUGAUGCGACAAGUGCCGGAGUCGUGGAAGAGGACGACUUCAAUGCCGAUGUGCCGGGACCGCGCUUGUCUCUGAUGGAUCGCGCAAAGCGGCUGAGGAACAAGGCUGUGCGUCGCUGGGGUUACUUGUUCGUAAGAGAAGGAUGCGACUGGACGCUUCCUUGGCGGUCGCCUGCUUGGCAGUCGCCUCCAAGAACUCCGUAUCCAGACAGUCCGUCUCCCGGGACUUUGUCUCCCAGCGCUCCGUUUCUCAGGGCUCCGCCGCCGACGACUGUAGGCUCCCCUGUUCGGAGACAAAGAAAGAGUCGCUCGCGCGGCACACGCAUGUGA